AUAUCUUGGUUGAUCAUUGGCUAACUACUACAUUAUAUUGACCAAGUAUUAGGAAGCCAAAAAUAGCUUCACUUAAUUGGAUGAGUCAUGAAUGAGUGUGUAAGCUCCAAGAGGACAGGGACUUUGUUUUGCUCACCAAAGCGUUCCUAAUCCUUUGUCUAUUUGCUGAGUUCAACGUGCAUAUGAAUACCCAAUUAAUAUGAAGUAACUAUAAUUUUAUUGAAAAGAAAAAGUUAUCUAUCAGCACUUUUGAUCAUUGUUCAAUGCUUUGAGAUAGGAGGUGGCAGAACUAACACCUAUGGAUUAGAAAAUUAGGUUGUAAGAAAAAAGUAGAAUGGUGAGGUCAUACAGCGGUGUGAUGUCCAAAUCCCCCUUCAGGAAUGAAGUAUUUAUCCCUCCAUUUGUUGGAAAUGCUGUAAGAAGAUGGCAUCCACUGCCAACCCUCCUUGGGGACUGCUUCAGCGGAAUACACAGCUUGUCCAAGAUUGUGCCUCCUUCCAGAGCAGCCUAUACCCAAAGACUGAUCACACUGGGGUUCUGGUCUUGGCAUGUCCUGCUUCACUGAGACAUGGUGUUCUCCAUGUCCAAUCCUGCUUCUCUUCCUCACUUCCACAGGUGUUCAUCAUGAGAACAUCUCUACUUAAUGAGAUGCUCUAUGAAUCUCUAUCUCUGAGAACUAGGAGUCAAGCCUCCUAUCAAUUUCUUCAACUUUGUCAGGCUGCCUCAUGCAUGAGCCCAGGCAAGAAGAGAUCGGUGAGCCCAGUCACGAUUACACGUAUUAACAAACCAGUUCCCAAGUGCUCUGGCAGAUUUCUAACCAACCUUGCUUGGAAAACACCUGGUAAAACAUAUUUUCAUUCAACUUCAGGCAAUUUCAAAGCAGCUGAAAGUCACUUAAGUGGAAACCCAACUAUGAUGCUGCUUUUCAAAUCAAAAGAAAGACCUCAGCUACACAGGAUGUGGCAGAUUGCCAGGUGUUUAAUAUUCGAGGGCCAAGUACACUGUUGGGAGCAUCUUUACAUAAUUGACAAACCAAACCCAAAGUACCAAGGUUAACAAUUUGCUUCUCUUUGACCACAGAACUGGUAUUGUGAUAUUCCUCUACUGCAUAUAAAUCAUUUUCAUAGAGCCAUUAAAGGGUUGUUUUGUGUUUCUAGAAGACUAGCAGCAAGCCUCUGGGUAGCUGAGCAAUGUUAGAACAAGGUACAUAGUGGGUUUAGGGUCACUUUGGAGCCACCAAUUUUUUUUCUUCUUCCUUACUCCUGAGUCUGCCAGAUUAUUUUGCAGCAAGUGCUGUGUAUUUGAAUUCUAUGUGGACAAUAGUACAGACACGUGGUUUUCUCCACAAGGUCUUUGAUGGAUUGGAUUAAGACAUCAAACAUCAGCAUAUCUCCAGAUGUCACAAAAGCCUUGACAGAGGGUUUGCAAAUUGUUUUGCCAACCAUCUGGGCUGUGAAACAGACACAUCAGGUAGAGGAUGUCACAUGAGCCAAUCAGCAUUUUCACAAAUCACUGGCAGUCAGAGGUCGGGGUGCCUCAUUUCUCCCUGUGUAUGCACCACAAAGCACAUAAGUGAUCUGUUAUCAGAGGAGUGCCAGAAUAGAAAUAAUUCAAAAAUGAAUAAUCCCAACAACA